AAAAGAAACUAAAAUUAAAAAUAAUACAAUGUUUGUACAAUUUUAGUGCUUCUACUAAAGGAGUAUGAUGGAAAGGUGACAUACAACUACUUCGAUGAGAUGGCACAAUCUUACUGUGCGAGAGGCAGAAUAGGUUGGGUGUUUGCUCUUCGAAGAAACUGCCCAAAAGUAGGGAAAAGUUGCAAAGCUUUAUGUGCUGGUGCAAAGAAUAAAAUACUGGCUUCAAUCAGAAAACAAAAGAAACGUGUCAGUUGCUUUGAUGCGUUCCUCAUUGUUAAAGGUCAUAGCAAGCUCCGAGACAAUCCCUCGAAUUCCCAGCCUGAUGCGGGGAAGUUAAACCUGAGGACCUAUGGCUAUGGUUUACCAGGGUGUACCUACCCAGGAAGAAGUUGCGGACCAAACUACUGCUGCUGCUGGGCUUUCUGAAAAGUCUGAAAAGGGCAAUCUUAAUUAAAAAUGCAUUUAAGUUAUCCUAUAUUCAUGCCUUUAUCAUAUAAAAUGUUACUUUCCUUCGUAUAGUCUUAAUCUGCUAUAUGUUCUAACCUGACGUAAAAUAAAAUAAAGUGCUGUGGAUUAAUUAUA